AUGUCAUCAUUUACGUUUUCACAAAAAUUGUUUAAACCAGAGCCACCUGAAAAGGGUAGCUUUCCACUUGAUCAUCAAGGUACAUGUAAAAAGUUAAUGAUAACAUACAUGCGUUGUUUACAUACAAAUAAAAACGACAAUACACCUUGCAGGGAUGUGGCAAAGGAUUACCUUGAAUGUCGAAUGGAAAACAGCCUGAUGAGUCGUGAAGAAUGGUCUAAACUUGGUUUUCCUGAUGAACAAAAACAAAAUAACAAGUCAACAUCUAUUGAACAACAAAAAUAA